AUGGCUUCUUUGUACCAGAGAUUCAGCGGGAAGAUUAAUACCGCUAAUUCGUUCCCGCACCCACCUGAGGCCAGCCACCUCCUGGGAGGACAGGUUGUGGACGAGGACAACGCGGCCAGGACCCCACAGCCCCACGUCGACGGCAGACCGCACGUGCAAUACCGAAAGAAAUGCGUCAGAGAGGACGAGGAUGACCUAGUGGGGAGUGCGCCGCCCCAGAGGAACUGGAAGGGCAUUGCCAUCGCUCUGCUGGUCAUCCUCAUCAUCUGCUCGCUCAUCGUCACCUCCGUCAUCCUGCUGACACCCCGUGAAGAUGACAGCCUUGCCCUUAAGAAGAAAGUCACAGUGGAAGACGUGUUUGGGCCAGACCUGAGGAUCCAUGACCCAGAUGCUAAGUGGCUGAGCGAUCAUGAAGUGCUGUAUCGUACAAGAGACGGGGAUGUUGUCAAACUUCACGUCAACACCAAAGAGACAACCAUUGUGGUGCCCAGUCAGCUGUUUGACAGAUCCAGGGCCAUCAAAUACCAAGUGUCUCCAGAUAUGCGACAUGUACUUUUUGCAUUUGAUGUGAAGCCUAUCUACCAGUACUCCUUCCUAGCGAAGUACAUCAUCUACAGCCUUGACACGCAGGAAACUUGGCCCCUGAAUCCGUCUGAGGUGCAGGAUGCAGUCCUGCAGUAUGCUGCAUGGGGGCCACUGGACCAGCAGCUGAUCUUCAUAUUUGAAAAUAACAUCUACUACAGAGCCAGACUGGACAAGUCGCCCAUCCGCCUGGUCUCCACUGGCAAAGAGAGGGAGGUGUUCAAUGGACUGGCAGAUUGGCUCUAUGAAGAAGAGAUCCUGCAGACUCACGUAGCGCACUGGUGGUCUCCUGAUGGACUACGCCUAGCCUACAUGACCAUCAAUGACACACAGGUGCCCAAAAUGGAAGUCCCCUUUUUCACUGGGACACCAUACCCCAGCAGCUGGGAGUAUCAUUAUCCAAAGGCUGGGGAGGAGAACCCUGUGGUGCACCUGUCAGUUGUGAGUCUUAACGGGCCCCUCCACACAGUGCUGAUGAAGAGACCAGAUGACCCCCGAAUCGGGCGUGAGUACUACAUCACCUCAGUCAGGUGGGCCACCAGCACCAAACUGGCCGUUAACUGGUUAAACAGAGGCCAGAAUAACUCCAUAUUAACUCUGUGUGAGGCCACCACUGGAGUCUGCAUCAAGAAACAUGAGGAUGAGAGCGAGAGCUGGCUGCACAGACAGAAUGAAGCACCACUCUUUUCCCAAGACGGACACAGAUUCUUCUUCACCAGAGCCAUACCUCAGGGCGGGAGAGGGAAGUUUUUCCACAUCUCUAUGUCCACUUCAAUGCCCAACAGCAGCACAGACAUCCUUCAGUCACUGACCUCUGGAGACUGGGACGUCACCAAGAUCCUGGCCUACAAUCACCAGAGGAACCUCAUAUACUUUCUAAGCACAGAAGAUGACCCUAAAACUCGACACUUGUACAGUGCAGACACCAUCCCUCCAUUCAACCGCUGCUGCCUGUCCUGUGAGUUCAAAUGUGGCUACGUGGACGUUUCCUUUAGCCACGACAUGAGCUACUUCUUACUCAACUGUAAAGGUCCGGAUAUACCGAGUGUGGCUAUCUAUAAGACCAGUGACAAGCAAAAGAUAUUGGACAUAGAGACUAAUGAGAAGCUGAACGCAACAUACAACAACAUGCAGAUGCCCCGUGUGGAGUACAACACCAUCACGAUUGAUGACUACACACUGACCAUGCAGAUCCUGAAGCCAGCCGCGUUUGUGGAUACGGCCCAUUACCCCUUACUGCUGCUGGUGGAUGGCACCCCCGGAGGUCAGAUGGUCACAGAGCAGUUCCAGGUGGACUGGGCCACAGUUCUGGUCAGCAGCUUCAGCACCAUCGUGAUCCGUUUCGACGGGCAUGGCAGCGGCUUCCAGGGCACCAACCUCCUGCACAAGGUCCGCCGGAGACUGGGCAAACUGGAGGAGCGGGACCAACUUGAGGCACUCAGGUUCAUAUCAAAAGAGCCAUACAUUGACAAGAGCCGAAUGGGAGUUUAUGGAAAAGCUUACGGUGGAUACUUGGCCACUCUUCUUUUAAGCUCUGCAGAAUUCACCCAGCUCAAAUGUGGAACUGCAGUCUCCCCCAUUACAGACUUUGAACUCUAUGCUUCUGCAUUUUCAGAAAGAUAUCUUGGCUCAAAGACAGACGCUAGGGUCUACACGAUGGCCAAUUUAGCGCACAGAGCGGGUCAGCUUGUGGAGAAGCAGUACCUGAUUGUUCACCCCACUGCUGACGAAAAGGUUCACUUUCAGCACACUGCCAAGUUUAUCAACCAUUUAAUCAACGAGAACGCUAAUUAUACUCUACAGAUCUACCCUGAUGAGGGACACUUCUUGCACAGCGAGGGCACACAGCAGCACUUAAGCCAGUCGCUGGUGAACUUCUUUGGGGAGUGUUUUCGGGUCCCAGACGCCCCGACAGAGGAGCAGCAGGAGGAAGAGGAUAGCUAAAGCCCCAGGAGCUGCACGGCCCCCUCCACAGCACAAUAGGCAACAUGCACACAGUCUGCAGCUGACGGAGGGCAGAGAUGCAUGUGCAAAGUGACCUUGGCUUACAGCCUUUUCUCUCACCUUGUGCUGGCUGCAGGCACAUAUGGGGCAAAAAGACAAUGACUGAACUCCCUAUUAACUCCAAUACUAUUGGACUAGUGGAAAUAAUGUAAAGGAAAAGUACUCCCUCUCCUGGACAAACUGCAGAACAACAUGUCUCUACUGAGCCAUGUGACUUACUCCAACUUUGGCACAUUAAUCAAGCGCUUUGCAGCACAAUAUAUCCUUCUCAUUUUGUUGACAUUCACAUUUGUGAAAGGCUGUCAGUAUGUGAUAACCUUGCCAAUUUAUUGAUAUUGCUUUCAUGAUUACCCAGUUUCUCUGUUGUCUUACAGUAGUUCUGUGUUAUUGAGUGAAUGUUUGGCUGCACCAGGUCAUAAUUGUUUUCCAAAAACAAAGGCACAAAAAAUGGUCUGUACAAAAUAUUGUAUUUUCCUUUUGCAUACUCUGAAUCUGUCACUGUGCCUUACUCCUGUGGGUGUUGUCUCUAUUAGGAGCCCACUGACACUAAACAAUUAAACUCGAAUAGGCCUCGUCCUAAAGUGAAUCCUGUCAAUGACUAGAAACACACUUUUUUCUGACUCUUUGUUUAAACUUUGACAUAUAUUGAUACUCUCUUGAAAAAGUUCACAUGUAUCUGCUGGAAAGAUAAAGUAAUAUUUAGUUUGUGAAUAGCCUGAGAUGUUUGUUGCUCUUAAGUGUAACAAUGAGUUGACCACGUUAAACAGCUACACUGUGUGGAUUAAUUUGAACUGUGUUACCUGACUUGACUCCCCCCCCCAUUAGUGGUUUCUAGUCACUUUUUCCAUCAGUGGUUUCUAGUCAUGUAAUGUACAAAGUGUAUAAAUCUUAUAUUGUUUAAGUCUUUACGUUGUAUGUGCAACUUGUAUAUAAAGCAUUUUGAAAUGUA